GCAGCCGUCCCAAGGGAGAGCCUGGCUAUAUUAUGGAUUCAGGCUGCCUGGUCAGACUGUGAGGGUCGUCUGCACAAAGAAGGGAGCCACAGUGCCAGGUUCCGGGUUAUGUUCCAAGUUCCACAUUCUGUGUGCAGACUCCUGGCGCCAGAGCAAAGGCGGGCCUUGGCAGGAGACUGCUGGGGAAGAGGAACUUCAGAGACAUUCUCGAAACUCCACCCUCACUCAGAGAAACCAAAGGCCCCACCAGCUCUUUCUCCAACCCCCUUUCUGAGAGAAGCCAUGGCUCUAACAGAUGCUGGUGUGCAGAAGCAGAUUAAGCACAUGAUGGCUUUCAUUGAGCAGGAAGCCAAUGAAAAAGCAAAGGAAAUAGAUACUAAGGCUGAGGAGGAGUUCAACAUUGAGAAAGGACGCCUUGUGCAGUCCCAGCGACUCAAGAUUAUGGAGUAUUAUGAGAAGAAGGAGAAGCAGAUAGAGCAGCAGAAAAAGAUCCAGAUGUCCACCAUGAGGAAUCAGGUGAGACUCAAAGUCCUGACAGCCCGAAACAAUCUCAUCUCAGAACUGCUCAGUGAUGCAAAGCUGAGGCUCAGUAGAAUUGUGGCGGACCCGCUCACUUACCAGGAGCUACUGGAUAAACUAGUGCUGCAGGCUCUGCUCCAACUGCUAGAGCCGGUGAUGAUUGUGCGCAGUAGGCCUCAGGACUUCCUCCUCAUGGUGGCUGCAGUGCAAAAAGCCAUUCCUGAGUACAUGAUGAUAUCCCAAAAACAAGUGCAGGUCCAGAUUGAUCAAGAAGCACACUUGGCUAGGAGUGCAGCUGGAGGCGUGGAGGUCUACAGUUGCAAUCAGAUGGUAAAGGUUUCUAAUACCCUGGAAAGUCGACUUGAUCUCUCUGCCCAACAAAAGAUGCCAGAAAUACAAAAGGCUUUGUUUGGAGCUAAUGCCCACAGAAAGUUCGUUGUGUGAAACUCUGGAGAGUGAAGCUGGGGUUGAACUGCUAAGUCUUACGUUAUUUGGGCAAAGGAAACUUGUAAGGCUUCUCCUCUUUGAAAGUCUUGCUAUUGUCCUAUAUUUUUUUUAUGAAAGAAAGCUUUAGCUCUGAAUAGCUAAGGCAUUAUAUUUUGUUAACUUUGCAGUAAAGCUCAGAUUAAUGCUCAGAAACCAAAUUCCAGUUCACUCAUAUCGAGAAGAACAUGUGGGCCAUUUUGUGGUCUGUGAGUGAAGCUGUCUUUUGUUAGUGUACC